GGUGAAGGUGCGUAGAUCUUGUAAAGUAUCUGCGGAGGAGUCGUCAGCCUGGUGGAAUUGAAGUAGCCGUGAUUGUUUUUUGUGGUGGUGCUGACAUUCAGAUCUGGUCAUCAUGGCUUGCUGUCGCAGUUUUGUGCGUGUGCUGAGAAGUGGCCUCAGAAAUGAGGCGGCUCUUCGCUCAUUCUCGGUCUCCGCUCGCUACUUCGGACCUAUCUCGUCUAUCAAGACACCCGGCUUUCCAGAGAGUGUCACAGAAGGUGAUAUCCGAUGGGAAAAAGCCGUUGGAGACAGCGUCAGUGCCGACGAAACCAUCGGGGAGAUCGAGACUGACAAGGUCUCCAUCCCCGUCACUGCCCCCGGCAAUGGUGUCAUCACCGAGUUGCUGGUUGCCGAUGGUGACAAGGUAGUCGCCAACCAGGACCUUGUCAAGGUAGAACUCGGAGAAGGCGCUCCUGCUGCUGCUGCUAGCUCCUCAGCUUCACAGUCUGCUCCAGCUGCCAGUGCCGCUGCACCACCAGCUCCAGUGGCGGCAGCAGCUCCACCGCCAACAUCAGCUCCGCCAACACCAGCACUCAAGAGUGCGCCAAUGGCUGCCACCUCCAGCACUCCGCCAGCUGGUGCAGCAUCUUCCUCCUCGACCGGCGCGCCAACGGAGGAAUCGCGCUCCGAACGCAGGGAAAAGAUGAACAGGAUGCGGCUCCGCAUUGCUGAGCGCCUCAAGGACUCACAGAACACUUAUGCAAUGCUGACCACGUUCAAUGAAAUCGACAUGACUAACGCUAAGCAGCUCCGGGAGCAGUACCGUGGCGCUUUCGAGAAGAAACAUGGCGUCAAGCUUGGCUUCAUGUCUGCCUUUGUGAAGGCUACUGCCUGUGCGCUGAGGGACCAGCCUAUUGUCAAUGCUGUGAUCGAUGGCAACGAGGUGUUGUAUCGCAACUACGUUGAUAUCAGUGUAGCGGUGGCCACUCCCAAGGGUCUGGUUGUGCCUGUGUUGCGCAACGUUGAGAAUAUGUCCUACGCUGACAUUGAAAAGAACAUUGGUGCUCUUGGUGUAAAGGCAAAAGAAAACUCCUUGUCCCUCGAAGACAUGGACGGUGGCACAUUCACUAUCUCCAAUGGAGGUGUGUUUGGCUCUUUGAUGGGAACACCCAUCAUCAACCCACCGCAGUCCGCCAUUCUGGGAAUGCACGGUACAUUUGACCGUCCCGUCGCUGUAAAUGGAGAGGUGAAAAUUAGACCGAUGAUGUACAUCGCUCUCACGUACGACCACCGGCUUAUCGACGGCAGAGAGGCUGUCACCUUCCUGAAACGUGUCAAGACCUUUGUGGAAGACCCUCGCACCUUUUUCUUAGACCUUUAAUUUGUUUUUAAUCUUUUGAUGACGAUGAUGAAAUGUACAUAUUUUUCAUUCUUUUCCUGCUGCCCUUGUAAAGCAGAAACUCAACGUAAUUUAAUGAACUGUAUUAAUUUUAUACGUUUGUACGACUCCUGGCUCUUGA